CCGGUUCCUGUUGAGAACCGGUUCCUUAUGUUUCAAUUCCAUGGAACCGUUUGGCAGCUCGUUAAACGAUUCUCUUAUAGAUUCCAGACCGCACGGUUUAUGUAACGUUAUUUACGCAGCAAGGUACACACGAAUGAUUCAGUAAGCCCGGCUUGACGUGGCGUAGUUGCUUGGUUACGCAGGUGACGCUCGUGAUACUUUUUACAAGUCUGAAAUGGCACCCCUAAGGUUAAAACGGUCCAAAGUGUGGCUUCAUUUCACAUUACAUAAGGAUGGCAACAGGGCGUUUUGCAACCACUGCAAAUUGUUGAUAACAUCGGCGGGAGGGAAUACUUCAAAUAUGCAUAAACAUCUGCGCACACAACACGGGAUAAACUUUAACGAGUGUCGCGUUUUUGAUGCCCUUCGGAGUGACAGCAGCCAAGCUUCUACGACCACCGUGGCCUUGGGGGCUAACACCGAAGGCAACUCUGGUGAUUUAGAACAAGAUGAUGACCGGGACGAGACGGGUAGUCUGGCUGACUCAGAGGCUAGCAGCACUUGCUCCCGUUUACCUCUGGCUUCUAUUUUCGUCGAGGCAGGCAGAAAUAAAAUGUCCCAGGCAAAGGUAGAAGAAUGUCACCGGGCAGUUACCAAAUUUGUUGUUAAGGGUUUGCACCCAUUUUCUACAGUAGACGCCCCUGAAUUUCGGGAGAUGACAAAGGUUCUCAAUCCAAAAUACAAAGCCCCCAGCAGGGAAAGCUUAACCAACCACUUAAUCCCUGCUUGGUAUGGUGUGGAAAAGGGAAAUGUGAUCUCUGAACUGAAAACAGUGUCAAAGGCAGCUAUCACGGCUGAUGGGUGGACAAGCUUUUGUCAGGAUCAUUAUCUCACGGUUACUCUGCACUACGUGAGCAAUGGCCAGGUAAAGGAAAAGGUCCUAAAAACCAAAGCCGUGUACCAAUCUCAGACAGGCUCAGCUGUAGCAGAGGAGAUUGAUUACAUUUUAGAAGAAUAUGGUGUACGGGAAAAGGUUGUGGCAGCAACUGUAGACAAUGCAGCGAACAUGGAUGUAGCCAUCAAACAGCUGCAAAUUGUCAAAUUUCCAUGCUUCGCUCAUACGCUGAACCUGGGAGCGCAAAAGCUGUACAACUGCACUGCCAUAUCCAAUUGGGCAGCACGAGUUCGAGCAGUUGUUGUCUGGAUGAAGAGGUCCCACAUGGCAAAAGUUGUUCUUAAAGAGAAACAAGACUUGCUCAAGCUGCCCAAGCACAUGCUCCUCCUGGAUGUAAGGACCAGAUGGAAUUCCCUCUAUUUGAUGAUGGAGAGAUUCACCGAGCAGUUCCCUGCUAUCCAGGCUGCAGCCAUAGAUCCACGCAUAAGAAGGCCCAUGGAGAAGGAAAGGUGA